AUGGCGGGCUUAUUCAAUAGAAGAAGGAAAUCAGAAUCCUAUCAAGGGUUUAGUAAGUAUGCUCACGAAAUAAAUGCAUAUCACAACCCGAAUCAGCAUGCCGGGUUGCCAAUUAAUUCAGAACAACCACAACAACGAACACAAUCGAUGACCAGUGCUGGACAGGCUGCUGCUAUGGCAUUAAGAUUGCACAGCUCACCUCAGAAAUCACAACAACCACAACAGCGAACAGCCGCUCAAACUCAAUACACAAGGGCACAAUCAUUGACUUCAGGGAGAUCCAAUUCAAUGCGACAAUAUACAUAUAAUCCCAAACCAUCUUAUGUUCCAGGAAGUGCAAGUAUCCCUAAUGCCAGAAGAUACAAUAGUUUGAAUUCUGCUUCGAGAGUCAAUUAUAAUAGCAAUGUGCCUACAUCACCUUUGCAGCACCAGUAUACACAAAUCCACGAGGAAAAUGAAGGUGCUGAUGAAGGGGAAAUUGUUAUUACCACCACGACGACGAAGGUUGUUGACUCGCAGGGUAGAACCACAUCACUCACAACAAAAACGGUGAAAACUCUACCUGAUGGGUCUAAUAUCAUAGAAACAACUACAAAGAACAUAUCCCGUACCAACUCAAGAGCAAACUCGUUGAAUUCAGCAACAAAUUACCGAACUGGAUCUUUAACCCAUGCAGCACACAUCAAUUUAUCCAAGAUUGAUGAAGACUUGCAGAAUUUUGAAUAUGACUAUCAAAUCGACAACCCAGCCUUAGAUAACCCAGAAACAAAACUAUUGUUGAAUUUACCCGACAAUUCUGAUCAACAAACUCCAAAGGAGUUGGGAUCGCCAUUUUUAGGAGCGGAUCACCCCAACAGUACAGUAAGAUCAGAUUCACUAAACAGCCAAGGUCAGCCAAAGCCAUUAAGAUCAAUUUUGAAAAAUUCACACGCACCAAAUGUCGUUGAAAAACCGGUAUCAUCUCCAAAACUGCCACUGGUGGCAGCAACAGCAACAGCAGCAGCAGCAGCAACAACAACUUCUGUGACGAGCUCACCACAGGGAGAUACACGGCGACAAGUUGUUGAAUCAGAUGACAGUUUCAAGAGUUCAAUCUCAAAGGCUCCUAUUAGUCCAGUAUCUUUACAGUCACCAAACAAACCAAGGUUUUCUCAGGUGCUGGGAUCACCUCCAAGUUCCAUCAGAUUCAAUGAAAAGGUCCAAACUAUUCCAGUAUACCAUGAAAACAGUAAUACUCGAACUCGUUCUCAACGUUCAAAAGUUUCUACACUAUCUGCUCCUGCCAAAACAAAACAACAAGUUGAUGCGGAUAUGUAUGCUGCGGCAAUGAAAGCUGCUAUGAAGAAAGUUUACGGUGACAGGGAUGCGAACCAACAAGCAGCUCCUCAAGAGUCUGUUCUGACCUCCAAAGUCACUUCUGAAGAACCAAAGAAAUUGAAACUUGGUUUUAUUGCAUUAAGUCCUCGUGAUAAGAGUCGUCAGGAAAGAAAGUCUUCAUUUAAUUCAGAAACUGAAAAUACUGUGAAAACAAGUGAAGAAGAUUCAAACCCCGAUGUUACAACGACAAAGGCAACUAAAGACUCAUUGGCACAAGAAGUCCCUCCUGACUAUGAAUAUGUUAACCACCAUCGUGAAUUUGUGACUCAUUCUUUAAGAGGUGAUACUAAAAAUUCAACUCGAAAGGAGCGGGUCAAAGAGGAAAAACGGAGAGCCAAAGAGGCAGCCAAGGAACAAGCACAAGAAGAAAAGAGAAGGGCAAAAGAACAUGCGGAGGAAGAAAAGAUAAGAGCAAAACAGGCAGCCAUAGAGGAGGAAAGAUUGGCCAAAGAGAAAGCUGCUGAAGAGAAAAGAAUUGCUAAAGAACAGGCAGAUGAAGAAAAACGCAAAGCGAAGGAGUUGAAGAAAGAGAAAAAGAAGUUCGGGAUUUUCAGCAGCAUUAAAAGGAGAACAAGUAUGGCAUCGGCAUAUUCUUCUGGAAGUGGAUCAAUUAUUCAUGGUGCAAAUCAAGGACAACAUGAAGAAGAACAAGUAAUGUCUGAUGAUAUUUCAACAACUGAAGCUCACUCUUCCCAUGUUAAUGACUCUAUCUUGAAUCCAGUUUUGAAUUCAACUACAUCGGUAUCUGAUGAACCACCUAAGAUUGAAAAGCACUCAGAAAGCUUGAAGAAAGAAGAUAUUCCUUCCAAAUCUGGAUUCUCAUCCAACAAUUUUGCAGAAACCAAGGAAAUAGAAAAUAAAGAAGUCCCGAAAGAUGCUAGUGUUCCUAAAACUGAUUUCCCACAGAAAGAUACUGCUGAUGUACCUGUUGAGAAACUGGAUCAUACAGAAAACAAUUUUGGCAGUGUUGUAAUUGAUGAUGAGGUGUACCAGGUAUCGAUUCCAAGAAAUGCACAAUUUUCAGAUGAGCAUGAAUUAGAUUCAAGUGGAGGAAUUUACUUAACUGAAAAGUCUAAUACUGAAACUUAUCCACUGCCUAAUAUUGUUGGUAGUUCUCCGGUUAUUAAUACAAGCGUUGGUGACAAAUUACCAGAACCAGUAAAUGAAGAACAUACAGAAGAUGAAAAUGAGGUUUUCCAUAGUCCUGCUAUCCCAAGUGAAGUCAAGGCCGACAUUCCAGUACCUGAACUUGGAUCUAUACUUGAUGAGGAAGAUGAAUUUGAAGAUGUUGUGGUUUCUGAAGAUAAGGAGUCAGUUUAUGAAAAUUCUGAACCGGAAGUUAUUGAAGAAGAAGUACCUCAAGUGGAAUCUGUGGAAAAUGAUUAUUCCGUGCCACCGAUUGAUUCUAGUCCAGGAAAAACCCAUGGCAGGCUAGUUGCUGAGCCAAUAAACAAUAUUGCAACUAUCAAAACAAGUCCAAAAACUGACUAUGGACUGACACUUGUAAAUCAACAAACAUAUAUUGGAAAAGAGCAAGAUAUAAAGCCACAGAAGGGGGUUGCCAAUGAUGAAGUAUCCACACCGCCAGUGUUUGUACAACAAGUGCCAGAAAACUUAAAUACGUCGGAUCAAGCUUACAAUGCCGAGGAAAGGGGAGAAUUGGAUGAACAGUCAUCUGCACCUCCAAGUUCUGAUUCAUUACCUGGAACAAAUUCAACAAAAGCAACGGAAAACCCUCCACAAGAGGAUUUGGUUGUUGAAGAGAAAACAAAAAAACCAAAAAAGCCAAGCAAGUUGAAACACAGAAUUUUCAAGUAUUUUGUCAAUAGUUAUGACAAAAUGUGA